GCGCCCAAGAAGAAAGUGACCAGUUUUCGACAGUCCGCUGGCUGCACAGGUCAAAAACUCUUCCGUGAACAAUAAUCGCGUUAAACGCACGGCGGUGUUCGGGUCUCGUUGUUUCUUUUCAUUUUUUUUUUUUUUUUUAUCCCCGGUGUCGUCCAGACACGCGUGUUGUGUUCAACACCAAGUGUACCUGUACCGGUCGUCGGCCAAACGUUUGAACACAACAACAUUGGUAGUGCGAUAUGUUCCGUCUGCAUUCGUUUUAAAUAAAUAUUUCGUAUAAUUUUCUUAUAUUCUUGUAAGUUAUGCGUGCACCAAACGUUUAAGACCAAUUCGACAAAUCAUCGGAUCCAUCAUGUUCGGGCCAAAUCUACUGCUGCAAGUGUGCCUGCUGAUCGGGUUGACGGCUAACGGCGCGUUGGCCCUGAACAACAACAACGUCGACCGGACGCGGCUGCAGACGGCCGUCGGGCCCGCGCCGAAACCUCGUCAAAAGCACUCCGCGUGGGGAGGCCACGACUCGCGACUGCAGCAGCCCUGGAGGCACCACAACGACAAGUCACUAGCACCGGCGGUGCCACCGUACGCCGUCAAGAUGGAACCGGUGGUCCAUUACUCGGAACAGGACCCGCUGUACUCGGGCCCGGCGAACGCGUCCGCGAAAAUCGACUACGGCGGCCACGUGCCCGCCGCCGCCGCCGCCGACCUGGGCGUUGACUACGGUGCGCCCGUCCCUGGGCCGUACGGUGCCCCGUACCAGUCGGACUACUACAAGGAACCGGAACCGAUCAUCGAGAUCAUCAUCAAGGAGUCCAACGAGUCGCUGCCGGCACCGCCGGCGCCGCCGACGCCCGCGCCCGUGCCGCGACCGCCGAAGGAACCGGUCCAGGUGUUCUACGUCAAGUACAAGAAGAAUCCCAACUCUUACGGCGACAAGGAGGACAUCAUCUACGAGCGUCCGGUGCCCGCGCUCACGCCCAGCACCGAGGAGGUCGGUGAAUCCGAAACGGUGUACUCCACGGAACCGUCGCCGCCCCUUUACAACAGUUACGUGACCGGGCCACCGGCGCCCAGCACCACGUUCAGGACGAUCAUAAAACCCGACUCCGAGGUGUACCACGGCACCGGGCUGAAAGUCACGUUCGGCAAGUCGGAGGAGAGCUGGAGCCCGUCGCUGAACGAAGCGCAGAAGCGAGACUCCGUUAGCGAGGCCAGUAACCAUCAGAACAAAGUGAAAAAACACACCGACCAAGAGUACAAGCGAAGCUUUGUUCAACCCUCCCCGCAGCCGACGGACUAUCAACGAAAUAUCAACAAUUUCGAAGCUCCGCCGAUCAACAAUCAACCUCAGUUCAACGGCUUUAGCACUCCGAACCCGAACAAUGAACUUUUGCCGCAGCAGCAGUUUAGGAAACCAAAUCAACAGGUUCAAAACUAUUUCCGAGAAGACAGUCCUCGUCCGAAUUUCCAAGGCCAAAUACCUAUACUGAAUCAACAAUUGAAAUCUCAACAAAAUCAUUUCGAAGGGGCUGUCGAACAAAGACCGUUAGAGUUUAAAGACGGUUUUCGUAACCAACCGUUCGCUAAUCAGCCGAAUUAUCAACAAUUCAAUAACCAACCGAACAUUCAUCAACAAUUCACCAAUCAACCGUCGCACCAACAGCCAUUCAAUAACCAACCAAACCAUCAACAGUUGACCAAUCAGCAAAAUCAUCAACAGUUAAACAGCCAACAGUUCAACAAUCCGCAGUUCAAUAACCAACAGAGUCAUCAACAGUUUAACAGUCCACAGAACCACCAGCAUUUGAACAACCAACCGAAUCAUCAGCAAUUCAACAACCAACAAUUCGGUAACCAACCGAGACAACCGGAAUUCCAGUCGAGUGCUCCGCCGAGAAACCCGGGCAAUUUCCAGGAAAGGCCGGCGCAGAUCAAACUGAAUGGCGAAAGGCCGUUUUCGAACAAACCGUUCGAAACCCGUCUGCCGCAGAGCAAACCGUUCGAAAACCGACCGCCGCUGGACCGGCCUUUCGACAGCAGGCCGUUCGAGAGCCGCCCGGUUCCGGACAGACCGUUCGAAAGUCGGCCGGUGCACGACAACAGGCCUUUCGACAACCGCGGGCCGGUCCUCGGCAGACCCGUCGAAAACCGUCCCGUACACGACAGACCGUUGUUCGACAACAGGCAAAACCAAGGUCCGAUUAACUACAGCAACUACAGGCCCAAUAAGCCUCCGCCGCCGCAGAACAUACCGUUGAACCCGAACCCGUCGUUCGUGCCAAGCGACAGACGACCGACCGUCCCACCACCGCAACUCCCGUCCAACUACAACACUCUGCCGAUCAGUACGAAACAUACGCUUGAUUUGGCGUUCCCUUCGCAACAGCAGCAGCAACAACAACACCACCACCACCAACAACAACAACAACAACAACAACAACAACAACAACAACAACAACAGCAGCAGCAGCCCGCGGAAUCGCGUCCACUCAUCAACAUCCCGACGUUCCACCAACAGUCUAUCAAACAGCAGUUCACUGCAGACGUGAAACCUACGAUUUCGCAAUACCAACAGCAAACGGUGAAACAACAGCCGUUCGUCCCCGAAUUGAAACCGUCUCAAAUUCCGCAGAUCCAAAUCACUCCGUCAAACGGUUUCAAACUCGAACCCAAUCUGCAUCAGCAACCAGCGCAGUCCGGCCAGUUCGUCGAGACGUUCACCAGGUACCAGCCGACGCAAACGGAACAAAACUUCCGUACCGACGAAACCCCUUGGCAAGUAUCCACCCAACAGGGUUUGUUCAACCUCCGGUCGCAGGAUUACAAAGAGCAUAUAAGCGCGAGUACGAUUCAAAACGCAAUCGACACGACGAGCAAAUCUGCUCUGAGAACGACUGAAAAACCCGCGACGUUUUCGACGUCUCAGUACAAAGAGCGCAGCACUACCACACCGACUUCGACGGCGGUCCCUUUCAAGCCAACCACCACCGAAGCGGCUAAGAACGAGACCAAAAAGACAGAUUUCAAAAACAUCGCGUCCCUCCCGGACGAGGUACCCGACGAGUUAAGGGAACAACUCCUUUCCUCUGGAAUUCUAAGCAACGCCGACAUUCAAAUAUUAGACUAUGAUAAAGUAGGCGAUAUACCAAUUGAAAGUUUACCUCCCGAAGCUUUGGAAAAUCUAUACGGUCAAGGCAGCGAUCCAGUACCGUCGGUAGUUCUACCGCCGAACAAAGCUGAUGUUCAGAUGAAAAUCAUCAAGUACGACCCUACGACGGAAGAAGGGAAAAAAAUCGAAGAAAAGUACACUAACAGACCCAAGUCUCAGACUCUUGACCCGGUCGCUUUGAACGACACGGGAUAUAAUAGAUUUUUACCACUGGACAUUAACGGCACUCAUUUCCCGAUACCGGAUUCACCGUUACUCAAAAACAAAGCCAUCGGAAGUGUAGUGAUACUAUCACCUGUAGGAUACGAUCUGUCCGAUGAUCAGUCCCGUUCGUCCAGGAAUACCGCGGUUAAAGUGAAAGGAGUGCAUUUCGUUGUUGGCAAUAUUGUAAAAAAUUUAGUCAAAAAUCCAAGUAAAGAAAAUUUUGAAACCUGGUUGAAGAUAGAAAAAAAUACACCUUCAGAUGAACAGUCUGUUGUGCUUUUGGUCACUAAGCCGAGUGAUAAGGAAAUCGAAAAAGAAAUUUUUAUGUACGACGUGACACAUAAUAAGGUCAGCAAAUUGUCCGGUGAAUUAAGUAUGACUUUCGUGAACGUGGCCGAGUCGAACUCGCAGAGUCACGAUUUGGAUAACCUAUCGUCCGAAGAGGAGAUGGAUGUCGCAGUAUCUGGAAAUAGCACCAGCGAUGAAACUCCUAUCGUAUCCGGUUACAGCAAGACGAACAACUCCUCGGACUCAAUUGUUGCCACUGCCAAUAAUUAGACUGAUCUGUUAAACGUGUUAUUCUUAAAGUUUAAUUUAAACUUGUAUACUUUUUUUUAUUAUUAUUACAUUCCCCAACCCACAUUAAAAAAAGUUUAAUUAUUCGUCAAGUGGUAUUCGUAUACUUUUAAACGUCAUUAUGAAUCUAUAUGAAAUCGUACGGUUAAAAUAAUAUUAUAUUGAUGAUACACAUUUAAAUAUAAAUAUAAUACAAC